AUGCAAUCUAUGACUUGCCAAGAUUGUCCUAGAAAAUUGGAGGUCGAACGCUACAUUAAAGAGCAUAAGAUUGAUGAAAUGCUCCAGAACUUGACGUCUUCUUUGUUCUAUCAAAUGCCAGAAAAUCCAAAACAAUAUUUAAUUGAACAAUUAAAAUUAUUAAAAGCUUCACGAGAUGAAUUCGCAGAACCGCCAACAUUGUUUACUGAAAAUAAUGCCGAGACAAUAUUCAACAUGCUUGAUCCAUGUAAAAAGAAUUCAAUUCCUUCAGAUCGAUAUCAACAUGCUUUGGAAACAUUGGGGGUACUUCACUGUGGUAAGGUGUUAGACAACAAAGAUGAAUUCAUUAGUAAAGAUAUGUAUAUGAAUGUCGUUAAAACAGGUUUGAAACAAAUGGCAUCAACUUAUAAACCAAUUGGAUAAGUCGCGGGAAAAAGAAAGUGGUAACAAAGAAGAUUCACAUUCGCAUUGAUGAUGAUAAUAAUGUAUUGUAUAACAAUAAAGUAACGGCGUGUAAUAUGACUCAAAUAAAAAAAUGAUGUAAAUUAAACUUUCCUUAAUUGCCC